GGUUCAGGUGCCACCACUAUUACAUUGACAACAUGACGCAGCAGUCGCCGAUCGAUAUCGACCCGCAUGCCGUGAAGGAGAUCAUCAUGGACGAUUACUCUGGUCACAUUGACCUCACGCUUGGGACUGGACCCGGUCGGUUCGAGCACGGAUACACCAACUUCAAAGUGAACUGGUCGGGCGAUGCCACCACGGUGCUCAAGCUUCGCGACGGCCGCGAAUUCCGUCCGAUCCAAUUCCACUUUCACACGCCGUCCGAGCAUACGUUGCAGGGCCACCACUUUCCAUUUUGCAUGCAUUUGGUGCACCAGUCCACCGACGGCAACCUCGCCGUCGUCGGCGUGUUCUUUCAAGUCGGCCAUGACGAAAGCCCGUUUUUAAAACAGUUUUGGAACGUCUUGCCCGAACUGGACCCCCACGGCGUGGAUGUGACGGUGGACAACAUCUCGUUUGACGACUUGUACAUUGCGUCCGCGAUCACGGACGAAGCGUUUUACCGGUACCAAGGCUCGCUCACGACCCCGCCAUACACGGAGCACGUCGAGUGGAUUCUCGUCAAGGACCCCCGGACCAUGUCCAAGGCGCAACUGCAGCACUUCAUCGACAUCCUUCCCGGCGGGUCGAACGCGCGGGAGCUGCAGCCGAUUCAAGACGCCGCGGGCCAAUUGCUAUUUUGCUGCGACGCUUGAGUAGAAUCUUUGAAGGCAACUGUUCAGUUGGUUCGAGUAGGGUUCUGCUUACCGUUCUGCUGUAGUACGAGACCUGUCCCUAAUUACUGUAAUAAACUCGCCAUGGCGGUGCACUGGAA